AUGAGGCAGUGCAUCCAUGCUUGCAAGGCCAUCCCGGGUUUCAAACAUGGGGCGAGCCAGCCGCCCGAUUCGACUCUGGCGCUUGGCUUGGCAGCGUGUCCUUCGGCGGAGCUGCAAGCCUUGUCUUCGGCCACCGCCAAAGCGGUGUGCAGGGCGGACCCGGAGGGUGCCUGCCCAAUUUGCCUCCUGAGCUGGAAGGAGGAUGACAGUGUGCUGGUGCUGUCCUGCAACCACGUGCUGCACGUGGACUGCUUCUGGAAGAUGAUCACCUCGGGAUGCUCGGAGGUGACACGAGGCCGGUGCCGGGUCUGCAGGACGCCGGUGCACUGGGGCCCGGUGGCGCGCUCCAACCUGCGGUGUACGCUGGGCUCGGCUCUGGCGGCGGCUCUGGUGCGCCAGCAGCGCGCUGGAGGCGGGCUGACACAGUUCGAAGUCGCGGAGUACUGCGCGAGGGUGAGCCAGGAGAUCGGGGAAUCCUUCCGGGAGGUCUGGAUGGAGGUCCCACUGCAGUUGCGCAAGCUCACUGCACGCAACGUGCUGCUGAACAGCGAGAUGGCCAACCUGCAGAGGCUUUUCGUGGGUGACGUACCGGACUUCCCAGAGGUUCUCUCCUUGCCCUAG